GCCGCGCCCACUCGUCGCGGGUCAGAGGCCGCGGGGCGGGCGGUGGUGACGCGCGCGGAAGCGUCCUGUGCACCGUCGGUAGCCGGCUGGCAGCAGAGCUGCAGUGGCGGCCACUGCCGGGCGCCCCGACGGGAGGGGCUCCGGAUCGCUGGGAGGCGGCCGAACCCCUGCGGCUCCGCCGCUGGCGGAGGCCCCAUGAGUCGGGGGACGAUGCUUCAGCCCGGAGCGUGGCCGGGGGAGAGCUGUGCCGAGAAGCCGGCGCGGGAGGCGGGGGCCGCGGCGCUGGAGGGCGAGAAAGCGGUGGCCGGGGGGCAGCCGCGAGCCGCGGUGCGGUGCCCGGCCGAGCACGAGGAGGACAUGUAUCGUGCGGCGGAUGAAAUAGAAAAGGAGAAAGAAUUACUUAUACAUGAAAGAGGGUCAUCAGAACCCAGAUUAAGUGUAGCUCCUGAAAUGGAUAUCAUGGACUAUUGCAAAAAAGAAUGGAGGGGAAAUACGCAAAAAGCAACAUGUAUGAAAAAGGGCUACGAGGAGGUGUCUCAGAAAUUCACCUCCAUCAGGCGAGUCCGUGGAGAUAAUUACUGCGCGCUGAGGGCCACGCUCUUCCAGGCCAUGAGCCAGCCGGCCGCGCUGCCCUCCUGGCUGCAGGACCCGGAGCUCACGCUGUUACCAGAAAAACUCAUAAGCAAAUACAGCUGGAUCAAGCAGUGGAAGCUUGGACUGAAGUUUGAGGGGAAGAGCGAGGCCCUGGUUGAUAAAAUUAAGGAGUCCCUCACUUUACUGAGGAAGAAGUGGACAGGCUUGGCUGAACUGAGAACUGCCGAAGCGAGGCAGAUAGCUUGUGAUGAACUGUUCACGAAUGAAGAAGAGGAGUACAGCCUCUAUGAAGCUGUAAAAUUUCUAAUGCUAAACAGAGCCAUCGAACUAUAUGAUGAUAAAGAGAAGGGAAAGGAAGUACCAUUUUUCUCUGUGCUUCUGUUUGCUCGGGAUACGUCAAAUGACCCCGGACAGCUGCUGAGGAACCAUCUCAACCAGGUGGGACACACUGGUGGCCUUGAACAGGUUGAGAUGUUCCUUCUCGCCUACGCCGUGCGCCACGCCAUUCAGGUGUACCGGCUCUCCAAGUACAGCACUGAAGAGUUCGUCACCGUCUAUCCCACCGACCCCCCCGGGGACUGGCCAGUGGUGACCCUGAUCGCCGAGGAUGAUCGGCACUACAACAUCCCCGUCAGAGUGUGUGAGGAGACGAGUCUGUGAGACACGCUCGGGCGGCCUGGCGACUCGGCCAAGGUGCACCGGCGGCUCCUCGGCUCGGUCCUCGGGCCCGCAGGCCCCUUGGGAUGAGCUCUGAGCACUCUUGGGCCCUGUGAGCCAAGCUGGGCUGGAAUGCUCUGAAGACUAGCUUUUGAUAAUCAGAAUUAAUCAAGUUUUUUCCCUCACCUAUGAUGCAAUAUGUUUCACUGGGGGCCUUCAGAGCACACCUGUUGACAGGUGCAAACUGCAUCUCCAUAAAACAAACACAUUUGUAUCAGCGGAGACUUACUCUGGAGAGGAAAAUACGCUCAGAGCUCUCUCUAGUCGUAAACUGGCUUUCCGUUGUUUUUGAAGAUGGUAAUUUUUUUGUUUUGGUGGUAACGGGUCUCUGCAGUGCCCUUCCUGUGCACCUAUGCAGUCUGCUUACAUGGUAGGGUUCUGGGGCACAGCCUGCCAGUGGCCCGGCCGUAACAUCCUCUGAUAGUCUCAUCGAGCAGUGGUUUGGAUUUACACGUUAAUUAAAGCUGUUCUAAGCAGAUUGUCUAAUGGAAGGUUAGGAACUGGGUCCCCAGUAGUGAGUUAUUUAAAGGCUGGAGAAGGAGCUGCAGGAAGAGGCAGUGGCAGCAGGACGUCCUGGCUCUGAAGAACGUGACAGGCGCCUGCGGUUGGGAACACACCGGGUCUGGUGCUCGGUGCAGGCGCUGGGUGGUUGGCGGGCGAGCGCGGCUUGUCGCUCUCUAGGAUUGGGGCUGUUCCUUAGUCUCCACUUCCAUGGAUUCACCAUUUUAUAGUCAGAACAAGGCUUAGAUCCACCUGCUUUUUUAGAGGCGACCAAGGCCAAAUGAUUAUUUUUUGGAGAAUGCUUCCAUUGCCAAAUCCGUGUGGCUCCUCUGUUGGAUGAAUAACAGCAAAGCGUCUCAGGCUUUUCAUGGGUAAGUUUAAACAGAGCAUGUGCUUAAAACUGACUGCAAAAGCAUGGCCGAGCUGCAUCUGCCCUUGAUUUGGCUAUGCCUGGGGUAGGCAGUGUUCUGGCCACGAGUGAUUGCAUGUCACAGGCUAGGGUGGUGCCUGGGGGCUGGACAGGGCAGCCCAGCUGAGUGUGGUCUGCAUUAGGGCCCGAAUCAUCCACGUGGGGCGUGUACCAUGGCCACGGCGCAAGGGAUGGGACGUGUCACUCUUUAGGACUGUGUCAGUGCCAUCUGAAUUGGCUCAGUAUUUGUGGACGUGGUGUUACCCUGAAGCACUGAGCUUUAUUUUAUAGUAAGUAAGAUCUUUAUUUGGUCCAAUUUAAGCUUAUAGUUUAUAAGCUAUCUAAUCUUUGGUUUUUUUUUUUUCCUCAGAGGGGCAAACCUUUUGUGAUAGUGUUAGUUUUGCUUUCACUUAAAAAUUAAAAUUCUUGGUUGAGAAAACUCAGAGGACACAUAAAACUAUGCAGACUGUCACAUUAAUAUUGAUAUUUUCCCCAUUACCUCAUCAAUAAUAUUCAUCACGUUUUGGUAGCUACUUAUUCAUUGGAGUGUUUGAAUUAAAUUCUGCUCUAAAUGUGUGUGAAUGUGUUGGAGAGGCUUUGUUUUUCACUGUGAAAUGCAAUGGUGCCUCAAACAAGGAGGUACCUAGAAGCCAAAUGAAAGUAAAAAUGAUGAAUUCUUGUUGGCUUUGAUGCUUCAUUUUAUGUAACUUAAUUUUCAUGUAACUUACAACAGGAAAUCCUUACCGUGCAUUCUUGAACAUUUUUAAAAGCACAACUUCAAACACUUAGGUUGUAUAAGGCAGUAGGGGUCUGUGUCCAUCUAACUGUUGGUUCAUAGCCGCUGCUGAAUUUAAUAAUAAUCGUGAUCACCUGUCUUUGCAUUUUGCGAAUGUUCUAAUCUUAGUGAACUUGAGUUGAGCUGGGCUUCUGGGCAGCUUGUUUACAUUUCGUACUUUUUUCUUGUUCCUGUGUGUGAUACUGUUAGAGUGUGUGGAGAAACUGUGGUCUUAACUACCCCAUUGAUAAAAUUCAAAAGGCUGCGUUUAAGUUGCUCUCUGUCCCAAGGCCUUAUUACACUCUGCUCUCAGACUGCCAUCCAGGCUUAGAGGGAUCACAGCAUAAGAGAAGUAAAGCUUUCAAAGAAACAGUACUUCAGGAAAUAUAGAUGAUUGGCCAACUUUAAAAAUAUUUUUUUUGUUGCAACAUGCAAAUACAGUUGCCCCAAGUUUUAAUUCCAUUUUUCAUUCCUGCUCUUGGCCUGGUCGGGUGACAGCAGCAGAAUUGAAAUUGAAUUGAGACCAAAAUGGAUUCAGGAGGAUAAUCUACUCAGAGGGAAUUUCUAAAAUGAUAGUGUUCCAGAAAAAGAAAGGUAGUAGGAACGACACUGUGCUUACUUUCUAUCCCAGAGUUUAUUGCAAGAGUUCAGUGGUCUUGGACCCUAUGGUCUUGGCAGAAGGAUAAUGUCGACCUUAAACAGGCGUGACUUAUACCUUUGAGCUCAUUUAAGGUGCAUUAAACCUAAAAGAAUUUCCCUGUAACAAGUUCCAUGGAAUUAACGCUGCUCCCUCAGAACUUUUCCCGCUUCCCCUCCUCACCUGCUAAGCUCCUACAUUUACAGCAUCCAUUGAUUUCACUCAUAACACAUGGAACAGUGAUGGUGGCCGUUGAGAACAAGCU